UAAUUGAAGAACAAUCAGAUAACUUUUGUAGUGACUGGGUACACUAAGCAAGCAUUGCUCAAGCAUUGUUUCGUGUUUUGGUGCUGAGGAGAGAACUUCAGCACCGAUGAAGCUUGUCAGCCAUGAGUGCUUGGUGCUACGUCGUAAUCAUGAUGGGCACGAUCAACACUGGGGUCCUUUCACCGGCGCCGAUGAACGCUGAAGUAAAGGAAACAUACGAUCGCCAGUAUUGGUAUGCCCAAGCACAGGAGACUCUGCAAAAACGUCUCCAAUACGCUUCAGAAAAAAAUCCAGUUGCAAAGAACGUGAUCCUCGUUGUGGGCGACGGUAUGAGUCUAACAACAGCGACAGCUGCGAGGAUACUGCGUGGUCAACGACGAGGGCAGUCCGGGGAGGAUACAGAUUUAGUGUGGGAUACUUUUCCUGCUGUAGCACUGGCGAAGACGUACAACAUCGACGCCCAAACAGGCGAGUCCUCGGCCUGUGCCACUGCACUUCUAUGCGGAGUGAAGGCACGUUACGAGACUCUGGGGCUUGACGCUGGAGGUCGCUUCAACAUCUGCGCUUCAGCUAUAAACUCUAAAGUUACCUCUCUUAUUGACUGGGCGCACGAAGCUGGAAAGUCGAGCGGCAUCGUAACAACAGCGCGCAUUACACAUGCUACUCCAGCAGCUUUAUACGCGCACGCCCCCUCCCGGUACUGGGAAGACGACAGCCGGGUACCGCCAACUGUGAGGCGAGAUUGCAAGGACAUCGCUCAACAGCUCGUCGAGAAUGAGCCUGGGAGAAAUAUUAAUGUUAUAAUGGGUGGUGGACGACGGCAUUUUCUCCCGACCGUAACUCCGGAUCCUGAGCAUCCUAACCGCGAAGGAAGAAGACUCGAUGGAAGAAACUUAGCAGAAGACUGGGCAAGAGAAAAGAAGAGAAGGCGGUUACGAGCGCAAUACAUUCAUUCAAGAGAACAACUCGCUAAGUUAGAUCCAAGAACAGUAGAUUAUUUGUUAGGUUUAUUUGAGUACUCCCACAUGGAGUUCAAUGCGGAGCGUGGAGCUGUGUUGGACACGGAAGAAGGCACGCCUGCCAGUACAUCUGUCAAAGCAGACGAUCCGUCACUAGCAGACAUGACUCGUGCAGCACUUGCGAUAUUAUCAAAGAAUGACAAAGGUUUCUUCCUGCUUCUUGAAGGUGGGAGAAUAGACCACGCUCACCACUAUAACAAUCCUUAUAGAGCACUUGAUGAGACGCUGGAACUAGAGACUGCUCUAUUAGCAGCAUUAGAGAAAGUGAAUCCAGCAGAAACUCUUAUAGUAGUCACAGCCGACCAUGGGCAUGUAAUGACUUUUGGUGGACAAGCUACUCCAAGAGGACAUCCGAUAUUAGGUGCUGACACAGUGGUAUCAGAUAUCGAUGGCCUCCGAUACACCACACUAUUGUAUGGCACCGGGCCAGGCCAUUCGGAACCACGUGCGUUACCAUUAAAUGGGACAUCAACUAUUCCUGCUGAUGCAGUCCACGCUGCGGCUGUACCAAGGCAGUGGGCUACGCAUGGUGGUGAAGAUGUGCCUAUAUACGCUUUAGGUCCAAUGGCAACGAUUUUAUUUGCGGGUGUGGUGGAGCAAAGUUAUAUUCCGCACGCCAUCGCUUAUGCUGCGUGCCUCGCUCACCAAGCUCAUCGAUGUCAAGAGAGUACUUUUAACUUCACUAAACCUCAGGUAAAAAUAGCUAACUGCGUUCCACCUGAAGUAAGCAGCGUGUCAGCAGCAGAAGAAACAAGAAAUGAAGGCUCAAGUGGACGACGUGUUAUCGUCGCGUCGAGUGUCAUGUCCGACGAGCGGGUUCCGCGCUCGUCUGCUUCGCUUGUCGCCCCGCUUAUGACGUCUCACUAUCUUAAAAUGUUUGCACUAAGCCUUAUCGGGCACUUAAGUGUAAUUUGGGUUUCUAUUGAUAAAUCUGUGUGAUGUCA